UUGAGCUGCAGCAGCUGAUCAGGCAGCAAACGUCACGGCAGGGAGUGGGAGGUGGGUGCGACACACACCGUCCCGCUGCCCGAGCUGGGAGGCAGCACCCUCGCUCCUGGCAGGCACAGCGCCGAGCCAGAGACUCAGCCAUGGGGUCCCGUUUGUCCGUGGAUGACUCCGUGCGGGUGGUGGUGGUCGGGGGCGGCUUCGGAGGCACAGCAGCCGCCAGCCUGCUCAAGUCCUGGAGCAUCCCCUUCGUGCUGGUGGACAUGAGAGACGCUUUCCAUCACAACGUCGCUGGCCUGCGCGCCGCCGUGGAGAGUGGAUUUGCCAAGAAGACUUUCAUCUCCUACUCUGUCACCUUUGGGGACAGCUUCCGACAGGGCAAGGUUGUUGGCAUAGACCCUGGGAGGCAACAAGUCUUGCUGAGUGACGGUGAGGAGCUUCACUACUCCCAUCUCAUUAUUGCAACAGGCAGUGACGGGCCAUUCCCUGGGAAGUUCAACAAAGUCAUUGACAUGGAAAGUGCCAUCCAGACCUAUGAAGACAUGGUUAAGGAGAUUGAGAAAUCUGACCGCAUCCUGGUAGUGGGAGGUGGUGCUGCUGGCGUCGAGAUGGCUGCAGAGAUCAAAACAGAGUACCCAGCCAAAGAGGUCACCCUCAUUCACUCAAAAAAUGCACUAGCGGAUGAGGAGCUGCUAGAUAGCGUCCGUCAAGUGGUGAGAGAGAUUCUCCUCAGAAAAGGAGUGCACCUCCUGUUAAGUGAAAGGGUCAGCAAUUUGGAAAACCUCACGCCAAACCGGUUCCAGAAGGACACAGUAGUAAGGACAGAAAAGGGCACCGAAGUGGUGGCUGACAUGGUAGUCCUGUGCACAGGGAUAAAGAUUAACUCCUCUGCAUACGCUGCUGCAUUUGGGGACAAGUUGGCAAGUAACGGUGCUCUGAAAGUCAACAAGCACCUCCAGCUGGAAGGCUACGAGAACAUCUAUGCCAUUGGGGACUGUGCGGAUCUGAAGGAACCAAAGAUGGCCUACCACGCUGGGCUCCACGCCAACGUUGUGGUGACAAACAUCAUCAACAGUCUGACAAAAAAGCCUCUUACAACCUAUGAACCAGGGUCACUGACAUUCCUGCUUUCAAUGGGCAGGAAUGACGGUGUAGGCCAGGUGAAGGGUUACUACGUGGGGAGACUUCUCGUGACCUUUGCUAAAAGCCGGGACCUGUUUGUCUCCAAGAGCUGGAAGACAAUGGGGCAGACAAUGCCCUGUUAAAAGUGGAUCAGUAACAAACCAGCAAGGAGUAUAGCAACUGGAAGAGGCCGAGGGUGCACUUUUAUUGCUUGGACAGGCUGAUACUGUGUCCUGCAGCACCUCCUAAAGCCACCUGUCAGCAUUCUGCACGAAAGGGGGGCCCUGCCUUGCUGUGAAGGGAAAGGAGGCACUUUCCACAUGAAGUGCACACAAGUUCUCAUGAUAAAAAACUGGGGAAGAAUGUUUCAUUUACUUUCUUGUUGAGAUAGCUCACAGCAACUUCCUUGUUGAGAUAGCUCGCAGCAAGAAACUUGGUUUACCUUGAUUUGUAACAACAAACACCGUGGUUUUCAAAAUCUCUGUGGUUUGUUUGUUAUGUGGGGUUUCCCUGGCUUUCUCUAUUCUUGCUCUUCUAAAAAGUAGCUGCCUCUCGCAGAUCUGCUCUACAGCUUGGAGGAAGAACGGCUCGCAGCACUGCCUGGAGAAAGCCUGCCUAAAGCCUUGGUAAUCCUGGCUAUGGUAACCCUGGAACUCCACAGAAUAUAAUGCAGUUUUGUGUCAACAUCUCAACAGUAGGUUUAAUUACGCCACUUGUAGUACUGUGCUGCUUUCUUGUGUGCUAAGUGUGAUACAGCAAGCACUUAAAUUACCAAUGCUGCCGCUAUUUUUUCUUUUUCUUUUUUUUUUAAGGUGAGAAAUUCCCAGAGCAAAAGUAGGGUUUGGAACAAUAACCACACUUGACACUUCUUUUUCUUUUUUUCUUAUAAAACAAACAAAAUCAACAUGAAAUAUAUUCUCAGAAAUUACAGAGAUUACUGUGAGUUAAAACCAAAACAGAAGCUCCUCAUGCAUCAUUUCUAAAACCCUUUUCCCCUCUCUGUGGGCUGAAGGUGGAAUUUCACCAUCUACGCUCAAGGGAAGGGAAAAUGGAGCAGAACAUUUUUAAGAGCUUUCUUUAAAGUGUGUGUGUGUGAAAAAUUCAUCACUACAAAUCUAAAAUGAGGGUACUCUUCUAAAAACUUCUAAACUAAAGCAACAAGGGACACUAAACAAACUCCUGAAAACAGAUGGUAACUCAAUUGCUUAAGGUGAUAUAAAUGGCUAGAGGACGCUGACAGCAUGAAGAAAUCGGACUAAACCCCUCUCAUCUCUAGUCACAGCUCUUCAUCAAGUCACAACACAUCACGCUACUACCACUCCCCCUCCUCGUCACACUGAAAAAAUAAAACCCACCUCUAAUGCUUUCAAUGCUACUCAAG